GUUUUUCUUUUUCUUACAAAAAAAAGAUGUGGAUUUGUUGCUUCUCGGCUCUAUUCGAUUCCGGCGCUGUUCGAAUCCAAGGAGUUGCUUGGUCUGCGGCAUGGAAUCUGAAUUCUGAACCCUAAAAAAAGGCAAAAAGCAGAGGCCACACAUCAACGAAAGGUACGCGAGAGAAACGGAGCAGCAGCAGCGAGAAAAGGGCGUGGUUUGGGGUGCUCUUUAAUCGGAUUUCUCUCCCCUUCGCGCCAUCUAGGAUCCGGUGUAUCAUCUUCUUCUUCGAUUUCUUUUUCCUUGAUCCGGUUUGCUGCAUUUCCUUUCGUGGCUUGCGAUUCAGUGAGCCUUCCCUGCUGCCUCUAUUUGAUGUUUCGUAUCUCUCUCCUUUGAUGUCGCAAGUAGGUUAACGUAUUGUUGUCGUCUAUUUGGGACUUCAUCUCUCCUGUGUGUUUGUAAGAUUCCUUGUGUUUUAUUCUCGUUGGCGGUAUCAUCUGAUUCAAAGGUGAUGUUUUCAUUGCCAGUCUUAUAGAUCCGAUCGUUGUUGUAAUAUACUUAUGGAAUGUGGCAAUUGGCAUGUUAAACCGAGAAUCUCUGCGAUCGUGCAUUUCUCUUUUUUGAUUCCUUCGAAGUGAUUAUUGUUCCUCAAUGGCUUUGAAUAAGCCUUUCCUUUGUCCGCGUUCCUGUGGGCUCAGCCAGAUGAAGGUUGGUAAGGAGGGAAGGCGAUCUGAAGGGAGGUUUUUUGUUGCCAUGGACAUUGGUUCUGCGGUUGGUCCUUGCAAUGAAUUGAGCUUGAUCAGCAGUUUGGAACACCAUGAUGGUGUUCCUCGAAGAAAGGAUGGUAAAAUUCUGAAGUGGCAUGCUUCGGCACCCUUCUGCCAAGUUCGCAGUUCUGAAGCCUUCCUAUCAGAGGAUUUGAGGUUGAAGUUGGUGAAUCGGGAUGGAUCAUCGAAACACGUAAAUCAGAAGUUGAUUGUCGCCGUCGAUGUUGAUGAAGUUCUGGGAAGCUUUCUUUCAGCUUUGAACAAAUUUAUUGCGGACCGCUACUCCUCAAAUCAUUCUGUUGCAGAGUACUUUGUGUACGAAUUUUUUAAGAUCUGGAAAUGUUCUCGAGCUGAAGCCGAUAUCCGUGUUCAUGAAUUCUUUAAAACUUCCUACUUCAAAUCUGGCAUUUUCCCCAUUCCCGGUGCUCGGCAUACUCUUCGUAAUCUUUCUACUUUUUGCAACCUAUCUGUGGUAACUUCUCGUCAGAAUGCUAUUAAGGAUCACACACUCGAAUGGAUUGAAGAGCAUUAUCCAGGCUUGUUUCAGGAAAUUCACUUUGGCAACCAUUUUGCUCUAGACGGAGUAUCAAGGCCAAAGUCUGAGAUUUGCAGAUCUCUGGGAGCACAUGUCCUGAUCGACGACAAUCCAAAAUAUGCCCUUGAAUGCGCAGAGAUUGGCAUCAGGGUGCUACUCUUUGAUUACGACAACUCGUAUCCUUGGUGCAAGUCGUGUUCGUCGACUUCACAUCCAUUGGUGACGAAGGUCCACAACUGGCAAGAGGUAGAGUUGCAGCUACUCUCAUGGGUGCCCAGGCGAUUGAUUUAGAGAGCUCGUGAAGUAGAGCCAUGGAGGAGAUUGGUGAUGGCAAUGGAGAUGCUGCAGAUCUUGAAGAAGUAGCUGUUCCUCUCCGUCAACGGCGACCGCAGGCCGGGCUUGUCGGCGAACGCGCUCUCGCAGGUGUCGGAGUUAGUCAUGGCGCCGGAGACGAGGUCGUUGACGUCGUCGUAGUCCCUGCGGCGGAGGGCGGCGGCGGACUUCCGGAGGCCGUCCACGGCCUCGCGAUACUCCUCGACGCAAUCGCUGAGGCACCCAGCGGCGUAGGCGCCGCCGCCGCCAGUGGCGGCGGCUGCGGCGUGGCGCUUGGAGAGGGCCUUGGCGAGGGAGACGGUGGCCCUGGCAUGGUCGAGGCCGACGUCUAGGGAGAUGGACGCGAGGCCGCGGAGGUCGGCGCGACGGCUGCCGGGGCGGGAGGCGAGCGAGGCGACGCAGACGUCGUAAUACAGCGUACGGUUGCAUGUGGAAGCGAUGAGGCCACCGGUGGCUACGGCGGGAGGAGUAGGAGGAGCUGCGCCGUCGGAGACGGCGACCACGCCGACUGAUGACGCGGCGAAGAAUGCGAACAGGACGAGCAGAGGAGAACAAGCCAUGGCGAUGGGAAUCUGACGCCUAACUCUCUCUCUCUUUGAACUGUGACGGGUCGAAAGUUGGCAUCUUCUGGCAGCUCCUUCCCGCCGUAGGAAAAGCACAAAAAGGGGUGGCGGUCUUUUCACUUCGCUCACGUGAAGAGAUGAAUUAUUUGCUCCGUCUAACAGCCUGUUUACUAGAGGAGAUCGAAAGCUGAAGAAGAUGGAUCACGAGAAAAACACGAAAUUUUCAUCUGAUCGCUCAACAAA